CUUCCCCAAUUCCUCCAUUUUUUUGACCAUCCAUCAUUGAAACCAAAAAUGUCACUGCCUUUAAUCCAAUACAUCCGAAUUAUCUCCACCACUUCACCAUCUCCAUCUCCAUCUCCAUCUCCAUCUCCAUCUCCAUCUUCACUGAAUUCAGAUGCAAUAACAAUGGAGUUUCAGAGGCAGAGGGCUAAAGAGCUUCAGGAGUACUUUAAGCAGAAGAAGAUGGAAGACGCCAAUCAAGGCCCUUUUUUUGGUUUCAUUGCCAAAAAUGAAAUCUCAAAUGGCAGAUGGGCCAUGUUCGGGUUUGCUGUGGGCAUGUUAACAGAGUAUGCAACUGGAUCAGACUUUGUUCAUCAACUCAAGAUUCUGCUAUCCAACUUCGGCAUUCUAGAUUUGGAAUAAGCCCUUCCUUCGCUAUAUCUAAUAGAUUCUUUAAAAAGAUGCUUCGAUAAUAUGGAUUAUGAAUGCUACUUGUUGGGUAUAUAAUCACAUAUUUGAGUGUUGGAUUAUUC